UUGUUGUAUGUGUCAACUUGUUGAAUUGCGGCCAACUUGCGAGAGAGGAGAUAACAAACGUGAAAUCAACUAGAAAGAUCAUCUAAAAAAUCACAGAGUUGCUGUGUGAGAACGGUAAAAUGAUGAAAUUGAUGUGGCUGCUGCUGCUGAUGACGCUAAUCCCCGCCAGCUUGGCGUGGCAGGCGCACUUUACACCCGCCCAGCUCCAGUUGCCGAUGAAGACAAGCGGCGAUGUGGAAUUGCUGCUGAGCGAUCUCAACCACGAUCAACUGCAGCAAACGGAUCGCUAUAGUUUCCGACUCCAGAGCAACAGCGAACACUUGGCCACAGUGCUGGCGGCGAAUGCGACGAUACCCGUUGAUCAAAUACCGGAUACGGCCAGCGAGUGGAGCGGACGCAUACGCAUCGAGGCGCAUUUUCUGGGCGAGGCUGUGAUCACAGUGCAGCUGCACGAUGCGCUCUUUGGGAACAGUUCGCCGCCAGCGAAUGCGGCCCAAAAGGGCAGCUCACUGUUGGCGCAAGUGGUGCGAUCGCAGCGUGUCAUCGAUCAUGUGUUCCUCGGUUCGGUCAUCCUGCUGAUGUCGCUGCUCUACAUCAAUUUCGGCGCCGCUCUCAAUGUGAGUGUGCUGCGUGGCCUGAUAACACGUCCAAUCGGACCGAGCAUCUUUCUGAUCACCCAAACAUUGGGCAUGCCGUUGCUCAGCUAUGCUCUGGGUGUGUUCAUCUUUCCCGAUUCACCGGCCAUGCAGUUGGGUCUGUUCUUUACGGGAAUUGCGCCCAGUGGUGGCGCCUCUAACACCUGGACCGCUGUGCUGGGUGGCAACAUUAAUCUGUCCGUGCUGAUGACAACGAUCUCCAACUUUGGUGCCUUCGGCUCGAUGCCGUUCUGGACAUUUACACUGGGCGCCUUGAUCUUUGAUCGUGCUGGCAUCAAGGUGCCGUAUGACAAGAUUGCCGGAUAUUGUGCUGGCCUCAUUAUACCGCUCUUCAUUGGUCUGGCCAUUCAGCGUUGGUGGCCACGUUUGGCUCAGAUCCUGGUGCGUCUGCUCAAGCCCAUUUCGGGUGGUCUCAUCAUCUUCAUUGUGGUGUUUGCCAUCAUCACGAACUUUUACAUCUUUGAGCUGUUCUCGUGGCAGAUUGCUGUGGCGGGUCUCGCGCUGCCGGGUCUGGGCUAUGGCAUUGCCUGGCUGGCGGCUAAGCUGUUGCAUCAGAAUCCCGCCGAUGCCUUGGCCAUUGCCAUUGAGACGGGCAUUCAGAACACGGGCACCGCGAUCUUCUUGUUGCGCACCACGUUGCCACAGCCGCAGGCGGAUCUUACCACUGUGGUGCCGGUGGCGGUGGCCAUAAUGACGCCAAUGCCGCUGCUGGGCAUCUAUCUGUAUCAGCGGUGUCGCGGCGUUAAAACUGCUGAAAUUCCACCAGCCGCCGAACAUCAGCGCAUUGUUUGAUGGCAUUUUUUUUUGUGGGAGGGAGGGCGAAAGCAACGAAGCAACAAGUAGUCGAAGGCUAUGCAGUAUGGCGUCCCAGUUUGAUUUUAUAACCAAUUUGUUUUGUAGUGACUUAAUAUAUCGUAUUAUAAAUUAUACAUUUACUCAAAAUGUUGAA